UAAAAGACAAGAGCCACACCAGAGAGACAUAGAUAACACAAACAGUGAGAACGUUUCUGAGGCUUGAGAGUGGAUACAUACAGUGUUUUUAAAACAACUUUAUUUAUAAACUCAGUGCUCACUGUAUCACUUCAAAGCGCUGACUGGAUAUCGAUUUGAGGCGAAGAAACCUUCUAAACACUAAUGAGUGCAACCAACUCCUCUGCCUAUCGAUCGGAGCGCAGUUUCCACCAGACAUCCUCCUCAUCUUCAUCCUCAACCUCAACAAACCCAUACAUGGAGAAGAGCCGGGGACUCUUCGCUGAGGACUUUGGAUCUUUCACGUGUCCAAAAGAUGCUUUGGCUUUUCCAAACAGAACAGGGACAGUUGGAAACAUCAAGACUCUGGGAGACACAUAUCAAUUCACAGUGGAUGUCCGAGACUUCUCUCCUGAGGAUGUGAUAGUCACCACCUCAAACAAUCAGAUUGAAGUUCAUGCUGAAAAGCUUGCUACUGAUGGAACAGUGAUGAACACUUUUACCCAUAAAUGCCAGCUACCAGAGGAUGUAGACCCCACCUCGGUGAAGUCAUGUUUAGGUGCUGAUGGGACUCUCACUAUAAAAGCACAGAGAAACACUGCAAAAUUGGAGCAUGCACAGACGUUCCGCACAGAGAUCAAAAUGUAGAUCUUUCCUCUCCUGCUGUAUCUGUUUCUCUGGGAUAAAUGACCUUAAUAAUAGUUGGUUAGUCCUGCUUUGUCAUUCCUCCAUGACCUUCUCUUAUUUCUUUCAUUAAACUUGAGUGGAACUUAAUCCUGUCACAUGUAUUCGAAACAUUUAAGACAAAUGCACUGCUAAAUACAUAUCACCUUAAAAUAUACAGUAGGGUCCAAAAGUCUGAGACCACAAUGAACAUCUGUGAGUCAAAAUCCAAUUCAAAUCUAUACAGAAACAGAACAUUUUAGGGUUUUGACGGUAAGAAAGAAAUGAAUGAAAUAAAUAAAAGAAUUAAAAAAAAAAAAUAAUUCUGCAUUUUGAUGUUACUAAAUGGAAUAAAAUUUGUUACAUUGAUCAUGUGGCUCUUUCUGCACACACUAAAUAUUCUUACUUCUAUUGAAACUCAAGAUGUUCUUUUAGUCAUUAAAUCAUGCUGGAGAACAUGAUCAUCAGGUUUUAAACAAACUGGUGAAGUUCAUGUAGCUCAAAUACUGCUGUCAUGAAAUCAAAAGGAGGGAAUACCAAAUACUGAGUUUUUUUGCUGAUAAUAUAAUUUGUUAAGCAUUGAAAAGCAAUGUUAGUAGUAGUUGUCUCACUGUAAGUAUGACAAACAAUCAGAAGAGAAACCUAUUAAUUGAACUGAUUGUUAUUGAAAGUUAUAUUUUCUGAUUGUAAAACUGUGUUGUGUUGGGUGAAUAAAACACUGUGUUAGAACAGAAUAAAACCAGGACACCUUUGAUGAGUA